AUAACUUAUUUUUCUAAGCCCUUUUCAGAUUUAGUAUUUGGCCCUUUAAAAAUUUCUCAAAAUUAGCUGUUCGCUCUUAGACAUUAGACAUGGCCUUAGAGGCGAUAUCGGGCGUGAACAAGCUGCCCUUCAUGAACAAGUUCGAUGAGGUGCAAAAGAAGUGGGAUCUGCAGCAGAUUCAAAUAGCCACCAGCAACUUCACCAAUCCCUAUUCAUUAAUGGCUCCGCCCUUCGAAAAUCCAGCCGUAAAUCUGCCAAAAAUUCUGGAGCACUGCAAGGUGCGCAUGGAGUUUGAUCAUGGCACGACGACGUUGGGCUUCAAGUAUCAGGGGGGCGUGGUGCUGUGCGCCGACUCGCGGGCCACUUCCGGCGAGUACAUCGGCUCGCAGACCAUGAAGAAGAUCGUGGAGCUGAAUAAUUAUAUGCUCGGCACCCUGGCCGGCGGCGCUGCGGACUGCGUGUACUGGGACCGCGUGCUGGCCCGCGAAUGCCGGCUGCACGAGCUGCGCUACAAGCGCCGCAUCUCGGUGGACGCCGCGGCCCGCAUGAUGUGCAACAUCUGCGCGGAGUACAAGGGCAUGGGCCUCGUCAUGGGCAUGAUCCUGGCCGGCUGCGACGACGAGGGCAGCAAGCUCAUCUACGUGGACUCGGAGGGCAUGCGAUCGCACGGCAGUGUCUUCUCCGUGGGCAGCGGCUCGCCGUACGCCCUGGGCGUGCUGGACACCGGCUAUCGCUGGGACCUGAGCAACGAGGAGGCCUACGACCUGGCACGUCGCGCCAUCUAUCACGCCACCAGGAAGGACGCCUACUCGGGCGGCAUAGUGCGGCUCUAUCACAUCACCGACAAGGGCUGGCGCAACGUCUCCAAUACGGACUGCCACGAGCUGCACGACGUCUUCGAGAACCAGCCGAUGAACUACGAGAACAAUCCCAAUAUGCCCUGCACGAGCCGCGAGUGGAUCCUGCAGAAGCUUCGGCAGGAUGUGCAGGCCCAAAUGGCGGCCGUCACCACGGAGAAGGCAGUCAAUGUGUAAGGCUUUACGUUUGUUUUCCAAUCGAAAGAAAAUUGAGAGAGAAAAACCAAA